AUGAGAGGAUUACAGCUGCCGUUGAGCCAAACGCAAAGAAUACGACUUCAAAGAGCAUUCGAAAAGCUACAAUCCCUCUCUUCUAAGGCCAAUUCCGACGCUUCAGUUACCGUCGCCGAUACUAUUCCUGUCAACUACGAAGACGCUUUUCUCAAGGGGCAUGGAACAACGGACCUCAAUGGCGAAUUGGUGGCAACUGUGUGUGGCGUGGUGGAGCGCAUCAACAAACUGGUCUAUGUUCGGGGCUUACGAGCUAGGUACAAGCCAGAGGUUGGGGAUAUUGUAGUGGGACGUGUAGUUGAGGUUGCUCAAAAGCGGUGGAGAUUGGAAAUCAAUUUCAGCCAAGAUGCCGUUUUAAUGCUUUCCUCGAUGAACAUGCCUGAUGGUAUUCAGAGGCGGCGAACUGCUUUGGAUGAACUAAACAUGCGUGGUAUCUUUGAAGAGAAUGAUGUUGUCUGUGCUGAGGUUCGCAAUUUCCAACAUGAUGGCAGCUUACAACUCCAAGCAAGAAGUCAAAAGUAUGGAAAGCUUGAGAAGGGCCAAUUGCUCAUAGUUGAUCCUUACCUAGUGAAGAAAAGCAAAUCGCAUUUCCAUCACCUUGAACAUUUUGGAAUUGACUUGAUACUCGGACGCAAUGGAUUCAUAUGGGUUGGUGAACAUGUCGAAACCAGAGACAGUAUGGCAGUGGAUCAAGCUAAUAGUUCUGAACAAUCCAUGGUUCUUGAAGAAAAAAACCAAACUCAUACCCCUCUAGAGAUGAGGCAGAACAUAUGCAGAACUGCGAAUGCUGUCCGUGUAUUGUCUACUUUAGGUUUCAGUAUGGAUGCAGAUUUGAUCAUGGAGACCGUUGAAUUGAGCAGCUCAUUGAAAAUCGAUAUACAUGACAUGCUAGGAUCAGAGUUUCAUGUUCUGGUUGCUGAAAGGGAAGCCGAGCGGAGAAGCUUGAUGGGAAAGCGGAGAAGAUGAUUCGAUAUUCGGUUGUAAACAGUUCUUGUUCAAGGUAAUGUUGCUAAUCUUUUCCAAAUGUUAGGCAAAUGAUGAACCUGGUCCAAAAUUGUUCCUGUCUAGAAUCAUUAUUCUAUGGAAUUUUAAUGGUUUUCACCUGAGAUUGCA